UGUCUGGAUUUUUCUCUGUGUGUCCUGCACAGCCCAUGGCUCUCCCUACUGUCCCAUUCAUUCCUUUUUUUCUCUUCCCAUGACAAUUCUGGGUUUGGUUGUACAUGUCCUGGUCCCCCUGGCGUGUGACAAAGCACAAGGCUGGACUGGGGAUGUGCCACUGGCUCUGUUAUUCCCCUUCUUAGCCAGGAAAAUCAGCGGAGGUCACCCAGCCACCACUUCGGUGACAGGAAGGGAACAAUGCCGGGUGUCCCCAUCUGCAUGCAGCUGUGACACCAGCUUGUCAGCCAGAGAUGGAUCCUGAGGAUGCAGUCCUGGCAGGGCUGGGCAGGAGGGAUGCCCAGUGCCCUGCAGUGCUUCAGUGGGGCACAGCCACGUGUCACCAGGCUGGGAACCAGCUGCCACCUUCCUGUCCCGCACAGGAGGCACAGACAGCUCCAUCCUCCCGCUGUGGUUCUCCUGCCUGCCUCUCGCUCGCUUCCUCCUCCCAGGAGUGCGGCUGUGUGACGGCAGCUGGAGAUCUGUCCCCGUCACUGGUGUGCUUCAGACUCUCGGUGGUGACAACUGUCUGUCACCUCACGCUUCAGUCCGGCUGUGGGCAGGAUUGUGGGCAGGAUGCCGGCAUGACGUGGUGGAGACAAAGGGAGGGUCCUUCCCUGCAGAGAAAGGGACUGGUGACAGUCCCACCGUGUCAGCAGCACCGUGAUAUCUGUGAGGAACCGGCUGGCACAGCGGCCACUCCGCAGAGAUGUCCUGGCUGGUGCUGUCACCUCGUUCUGCUGCUGUCUGUGUCACCCUCCUGCUCGGCUGUGCCUGGCUUGGCUCUGCCGCCCAGCCCUCGUCAGUGCUGGGCAAAGGGCGGUCCCUGCUCCGCCUCACUCCCCAGGAGAAGAACGUGUGCUCCACGGCCUCCGAGGAAGAUUUUCUCAACAGCACCCUCAGCACCCGCCUCCUGCCCGCCCUCUACUCCGUGGUCCUGCUGGUGGGGCUGCCAGCCAACGCUCUGGCCUGCUGGGUCCUGGCCACCAACUUCAGGAGAUGCUCCAGCACCAUCUUCCUGCUCAACCUGGCCAUGGCUGACCUGCUCUUUGUCCUCCUGCUGCCCUUCAAGAUCUCCUACCACCUCCUGGGCAACCACUGGCUCUUUGGGGACUACCUGUGCCGCACCAUGGUGGCCUUCUUCUACGGGAACAUGUACAGCUCCAUCCUCUUCCUCACCUGCAUCGGCCUGGAGCGCUACAUCUCCGUGGCACACCCCUUCCUGUGGAAGGGCUCCAGCUGGGCGAGGGGCAAGGUGGGCAUCUGUGUGGGCAUCUGGCUGCUGGUGGGGCUGGCCAUGAGCCCCCUGCUUUUGCGCUCCCACACGCACGACAUCUCCAGCCUGAACAUCACGACGUGCCACGACGUGCUGGAAAAGGAAACCCAAAGGUUCUUUGGCUACUAUUUCCUGUCCCUGGUGGGGCUGGGCUUUGGCCUGCCCUUUGUGCUCAUGACCAUCUCCUACAGCUGCAUCCUGGUGCGGCUGCUGGCCAAGGGAGGCAGCUACGGGCAGGUGGUGCGUGUCCUGGCCCUGGUCCUGCUGGUCUUCAUCCUCUGCUUCACGCCCAGCAACGUCCUGCUCUUCAUCCACUACCUGCUGGAGCCCACGGGGUGCAACAACGGCACCUACAUCUCCUACGCCCUGGCCCUGGUGCUCAGCGCCUUCAACAACUGCUUCGAUCCCUUCAUCUACCUCUACGUCUCGCAGGAUUUUCGGGGCUGGCUCCGGGAUGCAGGAGGGCGCUGCCUGCGGGGGCUCGAGGCCUCGUCGGGGAGGUCCACGGAGAAAACAGCCCUGCCCCUGAGGUCCAGCGAGCAGAGCCAGGGCUGCCAGGCCGUGUCCCCCUGCCCCGGGGACGGGGGAGCCUGAAAUGUGCCCACCAUGAAGGACUGGCAAUAGACUUGGGCAAAAAAAUCCCACCUGGAUCUGAGUGCACGAGGAUUUGAGGUUUUACUCCCCUGAUGACACCAGCACUGCUCCCAUGG